UUGGGAAGCGGCGCCAUAUUGGCGUCGUCCGCGCUGUAUUGUCAUAGAGUCGGUUCUGUGGUGUUUUCACUGGUCGAUUGGAUGCCUCGGCCGUAGUAAGUGGGAAAGUGGGCGAGCGGGCGAGCUCCAGGCGACCGGAGGAAAGCGGGCAGAGGUGGAAAGCAAGGGCAAGACCUGGAGUGCAGAGAGAAAGCCCCUGGCUGAAGAGAGGAGACGCAGGAAGCGAUGAAAGAGAUGUCUGCAAACACCAUGCUGGACAGCCAGCGCCAACAAAAGCAUUAUGGAAUUACCUCUCCAAUUAGUUUGGCAUGUCCUAAGGAAAUUGAUCAUAUUUACACACAGAAAUUAAUUGAUGCCAUGAAACCAUUUGGAGUAUUUGAAGAUGAGGAAGAAUUAAACCACAGGUUAGUGGUUCUUGGUAAAUUGAACAACUUAGUAAAAGAAUGGAUUUCUGAUGUUAGCGAAAGUAAGAAUCUCCCACCCUCUGUUGUGGCUACUGUUGGUGGUAAAAUUUUCACAUUUGGAUCCUAUAGGCUUGGAGUACACACCAAAGGAGCUGACAUCGAUGCACUUUGUGUAGCUCCAAGACACGUGGAAAGAUCUGAUUUUUUUCAAUCUUUUUUUGAAAAACUGAAACAUCAAGAUGGCGUUAGAAAUUUAAGAGCUGUAGAAGAUGCUUUUGUUCCUGUCAUAAAAUUUGAAUUUGAUGGUAUUGAAAUUGAUCUAGUCUUUGCAAGACUGGCAAUACAGACCAUAUCUGAUAACUUAGAUCUAAGAGACGACUCUCGUCUGAGAAGCCUUGAUAUAAGGUGUAUUCGCAGCUUAAAUGGUUGUAGAGUUACUGAUGAAAUAUUACAUCUAGUGCCAAAUAAAGAAACUUUUAGACUUACUCUAAGAGCAGUCAAAUUAUGGGCAAAACGUCGUGGUAUUUAUUCCAAUAUGCUGGGGUUCCUUGGAGGAGUCUCCUGGGCAAUGCUAGUUGCCAGAACUUGCCAGUUGUACCCAAAUGCAGCAGCCUCAACUUUAGUUCAUAAAUUUUUUUUAGUUUUUUCCAAGUGGGAAUGGCCAAAUCCUGUACUGUUGAAACAACCAGAAGAAAGCAACUUGAAUUUACCUGUCUGGGAUCCUCGGGUAAAUCCUUCAGAUAGGUAUCAUCUUAUGCCAAUAAUCACCCCCGCCUACCCACAACAAAAUUCUACGUAUAAUGUGUCCACAUCAACUCGAACAGUAAUGGUAGAAGAAUUUAAACAAGGUCUUGCAGUUACAGAUGAAAUUCUUCAAGGGAAAUCAGAUUGGUCCAAACUACUUGAGCCACCAAAUUUUUUUCAAAAGUAUAGACAUUAUAUAGUUUUGACUGCAAGUGCAUCAACAGAAGAAAACCAUUUAGAGUGGGUUGGAUUAGUAGAAUCAAAGAUUCGGGUGCUUGUGGGAAACUUGGAGCGGAAUGAGUAUAUUACUCUUGCUCAUGUAAAUCCCCAGUCAUUCCCAGGAAACAAGGAACAUCACAAAGAGAACAAUUAUGUUUCAAUGUGGUUCCUCGGGAUAAUUUUUCGGAGAGUAGAAAAUGCAGAAAGUGUCAACAUAGACUUGACAUAUGAUAUACAGUCAUUUACUGAUACAGUGUACAGACAAGCAAACAAUAUAAACAUGCUAAAGGAGGGAAUGAGAAUUGAAGCAACUCAUGUAAAGAAAAAGCAACUUCAUCACUACCUUCCAGCAGAGAUUCUUCAAAAGAAGAAAAAGCAAAGUCUCUCUGAUGUCAGUCGAACUUCAGGUGGACUUCAAUCUAAAAGAUUAUCUCUUGAUAGCAAUUGUCUGGAUAGCUCCAGAGAUACUGAUAAUGGCACACCUUUCAAUUCUCCAGUAUCUACAAACAAACCAUCCAAACCUGAUAGUCCCCCUGCUGGAGAAACAGAAAGGAAUAGCACAGAACCUGCUCUCGUUGUGGAAAAGCCACUGAGUGUCCCACCAGCUCAAGGACUGUCUAUUCCUGUCAUUGGUGCAAAGGUUGACUCUACAGUAAAAGCUGCAUCACCCCCAGCUGUGUGCACUAUUCCUACUGUAGUAGGGCGGAAUGUUAUUCCUAGAGUCGCAACACCUCACAACCCUGUCCAGGGGCAACCACAUCUAAACGGAAUUUCAAAUAUAACUAAGAAUGUUACACCCAAAAGAUCACAUUCCCCAUCUAUUGAUGGAACUUCUAAGAAGAGGUUGAAAGAUAUAGAAAAGUUUAUUCGACUUGAAACUACACUUAAGGACUCACGUACUGCUGAAGAAAGAAAAAGGAAAUCACUGGAUACCAUUGGAGGAGAAUCUAUGCCUAUUCCAACCAUUGAUACAUCACGCAAAAAGAGACUACCCAGUAAAGAACUACCAGAUUCAUCAUCUCCCGUUCCAGCAAAUAAUAUCCGUGUCAUUAAAAAUUCCAUUCGGCUGACCCUUAAUCGGUAAAAGCUGUGCUCCCUCACUGACGUGAACCUGUAGUCAUACAGUGGCAUAGACAACAGCUACGCUUUCAAACAGAAAUGGCCACCACCAUCCAUAAAUAUGUGAAAGUUGCAAUCAUCAGCCUAAUGUCCUGGAAGUGGUAUUGAAUCCUCACACUUUGUCCCUCAGAUGCUACCGCAUUCUCUCACUGAUUGCUCCGUACACUCCUCGGAGGAUCACCUGCUGUCAACUUGUUGUCCACAAUAUCAUGGCUUUGCAUUUCAAGGUUUUACUGCCUUAACUUUUGAUGUUUGUUUCUCUGUUAUGGGAACCAGUUCUUGGCCACUUGGACUCUAACAAAACAAGUACUGAACUUUUUUUUUUUUUUUUUUUAAGUCUUAUGUUGUAAUCAUUGUAUAGAGCUGAAAAAAAAAAAAACAAAAAAAAAUUGUCUUGUAAUUUUAAAAAUGUUAACAUAUUACUUUAGCAUUGAAGCCAGUUUGUAAAACCUGAGAUUAAUGAAUGUGAGAUAUCUUUCCUGCUUUCUUCAUUUGUGUAGAUGUAUUGUCUAUUUUGUUAAUUUAAAUUAUUUUUUCAGAUUGGCACAUAAAUUAACUGCUUUUGUGCCGUUCUGUCCAAAUGUUGCAUAUUUUCCAGGGAGGAUUAGUCCAGUGAUUACGAAAGAAUUGGCACCAUAAAUUCUCUGUAUUUUGCCUCCCAUGGAGGCCUUCAAUAAAUGCAUCUUUAUUAAAAAUCAAAAUAUAACCAGGAUACUGAAAGUCAGUAUAUGAAUGGUAAAAUUAUUACAUAUCUUGCUAUCUCAUGAAAUUCUUGUUAGUUGAUUGGUAUUUUUUACUGAGGAAAAAUUCAUUCCACCAUCAAUAAGGUACUUUUAAGUAUGGCCAACUUGUAUGUUUGAGGUGUAAAAUUUAACUCAGCAUGAUAAUUCCUGACCAUAACUUAACCCCACAACUCCAAACAGUAUCUCUCUGACUAGGCAUGCAGAAAUAAGCAGUGGAUUUUAUUAAAACCUAAAGGUAUUUUUGAAUGACAUUGUUACCAACCAUGAAUUGGCUCAGGACCUUUGUAAUCUUUAUUUAAACUAUAUGAGUUGUCUUUUUUUACACUGCUUUUUUCAGUGCAUUUCUUAAUAUUUUUUAAGUUUCACGAAUGCAUGCUGUUUAUUAAAAUCCAUAACCAUGUAAUUCUUUUAAUAUGUUGACUUAGUGUUUUGUAAAUGAAGUCGUAUGUAUUUUCAGAGUAUUUU